AAGUCAUAAUCCACAACCACAAACUACGUGAUCGAUCAAGAUUCCUUUGUUUUUCCAAGUCAAGAAUAGCUCCUACGCUUCAAACUUUUGAUUAAUCUUUCCAUUUCCUCAUCCUAUAAGUAGAAUUCAACACCACGAACAAAAUUUACAUUAUUUGAUAAUCUCAUAGAUACAACAACAACGGCAACAAUGUCUAAAACCGAAUUCGACUUCGAUUCUUUGAACGAGUUCCACGACUCAGUGAACGAGUUGCUGAGUUCGCCGGGGAUGAAGCUUGAGAUCAGUGAUCGCGGGCAGGAGAAGCUGGCGCACGACGUCUCGGAGGCGUCGCUGAAGAUGGCGGACUCCUGCGCCGCCGCGAAGGACCUCCUCCUCCUGGCCAAGGACCACCUCCAGAGCCUGCAGUCAGCGUUCCGCCGCAUUGCCGGCGCGGCGGACCACACGGGCAGCAGCAUCGCCCACCACCGGCUGCCGCGGAAGCAGCUGAAGAAGGCGAUCAUGAAGAGACUGGACUCGCUCAAGGGGAUGAAGAACAGCUUCUCAGCGGGGGCGGAGAAGGAGGAGGAGGAGGAGAGCCUUGCGGUGGUGGUGAAGCUUUUGAAGGAGGUGAGGGCCACCACGAUGUCGAUCGUGCGGUCGCUGCUGUCGCUGAUCGCGAUCCCGCAUCCGGGCAGCAAGGCGGAGUCGGGUCGGAGGGAUCCGAUAUUCCGGAUCAAGUUGACCCGGGUGGACAGCCUCAGUUUUUGGGAGAAGUGUGACGUGGCGGACAUCCGUACCAUGAUGAAGAGGCUGGAGGAGGUUGAGAUGGUGGUGGACGACAUGGGUGCUGAGUUGGAAGACAUGUUUAGAAAGCUGAUUAGGACGAGGGCCUCGCUUCUAAACAUAAUCACCGCUUAAUUGCAUCUAAUUAAUACUAAUUUCUUUUAAGUUGCCUACUUGCCUUGGCUAUAACUCAAAUUACACAUCCAGCUAGCAUCAUCUAGAAAUGGAUUUAGUUGAUAGUCAGAUAUUUUUUUAUUACUUCUAUUUAUUCUUUGAUUCUUCAUUACGUGAUGACUUGAUUGUAUAUUACUUUGCAUUGUGCAAAUUAGUAGUAAAUAAAACAUCCGGCGUUUUUGAGUAAA